UCAGUUACGAUUGGACCCUGGCCGAGUAAGGUUUACAUCAAAUACAACACGCAUAGCAGAAUGCAAACGGUUUAAUAAACUACUAGAAGAAAAGUAUAUAUAAAGUGCAAUACUCUCCGGAUUGCUUUGCAAUUAAAGGAGAGUUACAAUGAGUCGUUGGUUUUGGUUGGGGUUUUUCCUGCUGCUGCCAUUGGCAAAUACAACACCACCUGUUAGCUUCGAGGCGAACCCGGACACGAAACGUCUCUAUGAUGAUUUAUUGAGCAAUUACAAUCGACUUAUUCGGCCUGUGGUAAAUAAUACGGAGACACUUACCGUCUGGCUGGGCCUCAAGCUGUCCCAGCUAAUUGAGGUCAAUCUGAAGAAUCAGGUGAUGACCACCAAUUUGUGGGUCAAGCAGCGCUGGUUCGAUUAUAAGUUGCGUUGGGAUCCGGAGGAAUACGGCGGCGUAGAGCAGUUGUAUGUGCCCUCCGAGCACAUAUGGGUGCCCGACAUUGUGCUCUACAAUAACUGGGAUGGCAACUACGAGGUCACCCUCAUGACGAAGGCCACGCUGAAGUACACUGGGGAGGUGUUUUGGGAGCCGCCAGCUAUUUACAAAUCAUCCUGUGAAAUGAACGUUGAGUAUUUCCCUUACGAUGAGCAAAUUUGCUUCAUGAAAUUCGGCUCAUGGACCUACAACGGCGCCCAAGUGGAUCUAAAACAUUUGGAUCAGGUGCCUGGCAGCAAUCUCGUGCAGGUUGGCAUCGAUUUAAGUGAAUUCUACUUGUCUGUGGAGUGGGACAUACUCGAGGUGCCGGCCACCAAAAACGAGGAAUACUACCCGGACACAUUGGAGCCAUUUUCAGAUAUUACGUUCAAGUUGACCAUGCGGCGCAAAACGUUGUUUUAUACGGUGAAUUUGAUUGUGCCCUGCGUGGCAUUAACUUUUCUUACCGUUUUGGUCUUUUACCUACCAAGCGACUCGGGCGAAAAGGUUACGUUAUGUAUUUCAAUACUCGUGUCGUUGACCGUGUUCUUCUUGCUGUUGGCCGAAAUCAUUCCGCCCACAUCGUUGGCGGUGCCCCUGCUGGGCAAGUAUCUGCUCUUUACCAUGAUACUCGUCUCGCUGUCCGUUUGGACAACGGUCUGUGUGCUCAACAUACACUUCAGAUCCCCUUCGACGCACAACAUGUCGCCGCUGUGUCGCAAAUUGUUCCUGCACCUCAUGCCCAAGCUGAUGAUGAUGCGACGCACUCAGUACACUCUGCCCGACUACGACGACUCCACGCCCAGCAAUGGCUACACCAACGAGAUCGAUGUGCGCGACAGCAUCAGCGAUUUUCCCAGCGAGUUUAAAGACAGCCAGGACGGCGCUUACGAUAAUGGCAUGCAGCACUCAGUGGAUUCCGACAAUGUGAUACCACGCAACUUAACACCCGAAGUGCUGCAGGCAUUUCGUGCGGUCAGAUUUAUUGCGCAGCAUAUCAAGGAUGCCGACAAGGAUAACGAGAUUGUCGAGGACUGGAAAUUCUUUUCCAUGGUAUUGGAUCGCUUCUUUCUCUGGCUGUUUACGUGCUCUUGUGUGUUCGGCACAUUCGCCAUCAUCUGCCAGUCGCCCUCACUCUACGACACGCGCGCACCCGUCGACCGGCUGUACAGCGAGAUACCCCUGCGUAAAAGCAAUUUCAUGCUGCCGCCGGACAUUGUCAGGCAGGUGGUUAAUUAGGUGAGGAAAGGUCUUCAAAAGGAGCAUAACUCGAGUCAUGGGUCCUAUUCGAAAAAAUUGAAGUAAUCUGAUAAAGUCAACAAGAAAGAAAAGGACUUGCAGCCAAUUGAAUUGAAA